AUUCUUCUGAAACUGAUGAAAUACUUUUCGUUUAUCACAUCUACCAAACAAACACCAGCUAUUUGUGAAGCAAAUGUUUUCCUUCUGGCAGUGGCUAAUUUAGCAGAAUGUUCACCCAGAAAAUUUUUUGGAAAGUGCUCAAGGGGCGGUCUCGGUUCUUACAUUGCCUUCUUGGACAUCUGUAUAAAUUGGAGGAGCAGAUGUCCUGCCGACCUCAGAGAGAAGGGCUACUCCUGGUCACAGAAGUCACUCCUCCUGACCAAGAGUUUCUGGACAUUCCCCAAAGCCAGGAUGAGAGUCUUCUUCAGCCUGAUGAUCUUCUCUUUCACGUUGGCUACAUGUGAAAGAGCUUGCUGGUUUAAAGAGCAUCAACUGGAGGUUAGAGAUGGUCAAGAGGUGAGGCCAAAUACAUGCACUGAUCCGCAUGAUAAUACAACACAUCUCAUUCUAUCCACCUGGAAUACAGCUUAUUGCUUGAGAUGUGAGUGCCGUAGAGCUGGGAGGAUCUGCUGUGAGAGAUUUCCUGAUAUUGCAGAAAAAGAAGGAUGCAAAUCAGUGGCUAAUACAGAAACCUGUGAAUAUGAACUCUAUAGUCUUGAUGACCCAUCGAAGCGCUGUUCCUAAGCUUGGAUUCUCAUCUCUUGGAUUCUCAUCGAGGAACCUGAAUAAAUCUCUCACAUGAGCAUCUUAA